GAGCAGUGGUGUACAGUGCCAACCGGCUCCUCUGCGUGACUCCGGAGCAGCACCUCCUGUGAGCUGUUGUGCCCCAGCAGAUCCCUCUCCAAACUUGCUGCCAAGAACCCUGAGCAGGUCUGCCUCCCAGGAGCCAUCAUGCAGUGCUUCAGCUUCAUUAAGACCGUGACGAUCAUCUUCAACAUGGUCAUCUUUCUGUGUGGUGCGGCCCUGUUGGCUGUGGGAAUCUGGGUGUCAGUUGAUGGGCCAUCCUUCGUGAAGAUCUUUGGGCCGCUGUCGUCCACUGCUGUGCAGUUUGUCAACGUGGGCUACUUCCUCAUCGCGGCUGGUGCUGUGCUCUUUGUUCUCGGUUUCCUGGGCUGCUAUGGAGCUCUCUCUGAGAACAAGUGUGCGCUCAUGAUGUUCUUCUUCAUUCUCCUCAUCAUCUUCAUUGCUGAAGUUGCAGCUGCUGUGGUUGCUCUGGUGUAUUCCACAAUGGCUGAGGAAUUCCUGUCAACACUGGCAGUGUCUACCAUAAAAAAAGAUUAUGGCUCCAAGAAGGACUUCACCCAAGUGUGGAACUCCACCAUGGAAGGGCUCAAGUGCUGUGGCUUCAAUAACUACACAGAUUUUGAGGGGUCACCCUACUUCAGAGAGCAUGGAGCCUUCCCUCCACUUUGUUGCAUCAACAGCACAAUCUCCUGUGACACACAGAUGGCUGAGCAGAAUAGCAUACAGGGUUGCUUCAAACAACUUGUGCAUAACGUCCGAGCCAACGCAGUCAUAGUGGGUGGUGUGGCAGCUGGAAUUGGGGCCUUGGAGCUCGCUGCCAUGAUUGUAUCCUUGUAUCUGUACUGCAAUCUGAAAUAAGUCUGCUUCUGCCUCUGCCACUACUGCUGCCAUAUGGGAACUGGGAAGAAGCACCCUGGACCGAGAAACAAUGAGCAUGGUGGGGAUGAGACCCCACAGUGUCAUUGGGCUGCAAUGGACCUGUCCUUGUUGCUCCUGUCUUGGCGCUGAGUAACGACCAAACCAUUUAGGCUGUGCCUGACUCUUCCUUCUACUGGUGGGGUUGAGGCACACCCGAUCCAGAAGCUCUAAUGAAGCCAGUUCUUCUGGCCAUCCUUUCAUUUGUUUCUUCAACCCCUGACACCCUACUAGGCCAAGGGGGGCUCUUGAUGAUCCCAGUACUCUGCUGGAAAUGAAAGAAAGGCAAUUUAUAUCAUGAGCAGAGUCAAAAAUCAGCAGAGCCACAAGGCAGAUGUAUAGAAAGCACUUCAGAUCUUAUAAACUAAUAAAAAGUUUCUAUUUGGACUCUGUA